UCACAAGCAGCUGGUUCAAAAUUGUCAUUCAAACCUGUCCUGUACUUCACACACAACAACGCAGUUUCCACUCGCCCCGUAGUCGAGAGCAGAUUUGUAGAAUUCCAGACGCCUAGCUGUUAGUCCGGAGCUGGUGGACCAUGUCGAAUACCUCAGUUCGCCCGAUUCCCACUCUGAAGGGCAUCUUUUCGGUGCCGCGCGUCACGCAGUCCCGAAACUUUCUCAAGGAAAACAAGGUGAGCCUGCGCUCGCUGGAGAAGACCACCAGCCAGAAGUUGGCCGCCAAGGAGCCGGUGCGUCCGAAAUGGAUGCCUCCGCUGCGACGCACUGCCUCUGAAGUGAGGGAGUCGAAGGCGGAGAAACCACAGGCCAAGGGAAAGCCUGGACCACAGAACUCGUUGCAGAACACGCGCAGCAACUCGCGUUCCCAGCAUCAAUUGGCGGUGGCCAUUCCCGCGGAUGGAGAACGCUUCGAUGGCCUGGAGGAGCGUGAUCCCCUUCUGUAUGACCCCUCAGAGGAGUUUGAGCCAGACAACUUCUUGGAGCCCUUAUCCGACCCGUCUUCGGAUCGCUGCCAAUCCUGCGGCACCAAUCGCAGCUCCACCAGCAUCGGCAUUCAGACCGAAGACAUAACUGACGAACUGUAUCUCACAAAUGCUCUUAAGAGAUGCAACUUCGAUAGUCGUUCUAUAAUGGAGGAUACACGCACAAAGUACGAAGAUAACUAUAACCCAAUGCGCUAUGAAGACGAGAAGGAUUUGGAACAGUUGCCGCUUUCAGCGCGCUCGAACGGCUCGAAACAAAGCCGCUUCCACAUGUCCGAAAUGGAGGCAAUGCCCAUGGCCGAGACUGAGCCAAUAAACUACGGAGGAUCCGACGAUGAGGCGCCACUCAGUGCUCGCAGUCGCUUCACAACGGCCUCCAAUGUCACCACCAUCACUUCAAAGUCAAAGCGUCGUGAGCACAAACUGGGAUCUCGGGAUGAGGUUCGCCUGCCGCGUUACUUGGAGAAACAGAAGCGCGAAAAGGCCGUGGCCAAGCAACUGGCUGAUUCGCAGGAUCCCGACUGCCCACGUGGACAUGUGUUGCUAAGCGAUCAGGAUCGAUUGACUCAUUUGACCAAUGCCAAGAAACGCUUCGAUCAGCUUGUCAAUGAGCUAAAUCACAUGCCCAUGACCGCGCAGACUUUGCGGGUGCAAAACCGCAAGGCGGAGAUCGACAAGGAGUUGACCAUCGUUGAGGAGGACAUUCGCAUUUAUUCCAAGGCAAAGGUCUUUGUGCCGGCCAACAAGUCGCGCCAAUUGUAGCUCCCCAAUUCUUGAAGCAUUCCAUCCACCGACUGACUGACAAGGAACUAGGAUUUUCAAAACACAAGUGUUCCUUUCCAAAGCAUGCCUUAUGUUAAUUAUAUAUUUUCUAGCUGAGCUGUAGAUCGCAAAAAGGCCCCAAAAAAGGGCUGCCCAGCUCAAUGAGCGAUCCUAUCAGCCAGCAACUAGAGUUACAGAUUAAAAGCCGCUCAUAUAACUUA